GUGCCAUCUCCUAGCCCUAAUAUCAUUCGCGAAUUGCAAUUCGCAGACGACUCGGUCCUCUGUCCUCAUCUCCACAACUCCACCAGAACCACCGGUCACCACUGGCCUCCCCUGGCCUCUGCGUGCCGAGUAGCUGCCGAGAUCCGCCCUUGGUACGAGUUGAAGCCUCGAUUUCAAAGGCCUUCAUUGAUUUCUAAGGUCUUCAGUGCAUCAUUAAGACCUAGCUAAAGCGCACAGAGAGUCUCUUCUGCAACCUUCAGAACCCUCAGGUAGAGUCUCUUGCAUCUCCGGCGAAGGAGGAGGAAGGCAAUUAAAGAUGGAUGAUGUGGGAGUAUCAUUGUAUUUGGUUGCUAGUUUUGGUGGUGGGCCAUAUUGUGCUGCAAUUUAUGAAAUCAAAUUUGUUGUAGUAGGAGGAGAAAUUGGUUCUAAAAUUGCAAGAGUUUGUCCUCUGCAGAAAGCGUUUCGUUGCUUAGAUGAAGAAAGAAUAUAUUCACCGGUUGGUUGUGAUUACACAGGAUUGAAAAUGGUCUUGAUGGCUUCAUAUUGGGAUCUGCAUGACAAGUUUUUCCAGUUUAAACCCAUUUGUUUCAAUACAAUUACCAAAAAGGGUUUUGAAUUGCCGUUGCCAGAAGCAGAAAAACCUUAUCCCCUAGUGAUGGUUGACCCUGAUUAUGGUUUUUUUGUGCUUGCUGGGGCUACUUUGUAUUCAUCCUACAAAAUACGCUCUCCAUGUUUCGAACGUUUAGAUCCUUUGGAUGGAUGGCAUGAUUCGGAUUAUAAUGAUUGUUCCCUACCUGAGUAUCCUUUGGACAAAAAAUUACCCAGAAUUAUCUCUGGUUACGCAGUCAUCCAGUACUGUAUUCUCAUUUCAGUCCAUGAUUUUCUUCAUGGUAAUUCAGAAUUCUAUUAUUACAGAAUCGGGAGUGAAAUGAAGAACUGGCAGGUCAUCAAGAAGGAAAAGGAGAAUGGGUUAUAUUACCCGAUCUUUGGAAAGGCUGAAUAUGUUGAUGGUUAUUUAUACACUUUCUGCUGUAAUUAUAACUUGAUUGCAUAUCAAGUCGUUGAGAAUGAUGGUAUCAUUCAAUCUAUUGGUGUUCCAGUGUAUUUUAGAGGACUGGACUUUAAAGAUCUACCAGUGGAUUGUGAUCCUGCAUUCUCUGGUUGCUUUGUUCAUUUGGGAAACAAAAGAUUUUGUAUGAUGAAGACUGGUAUCAAUGUUGACCCCUCCAACUUUCAAUAUGUUUCCAUCUUGAUCGUCCAAGUUUCUGAUGACAUGCACCUUUCAACGACGUGGUCAGGUCUCUGCGCCUUGAAUAUAGAGAACCUCGCCCCCGCAAAUUUAACAUCACUUUUUUUGGACUCCCAGCAGAGUAGAUAUGCCUACAAGUCUGAAUUCUGGACAAGCGGUCCUAUUGUUUGGGCUGAGGAGUUUGAGGAUCUCGAUGUUGACACGCUUAUGCAGCCAGUGAACACUGAUCCACCAAAGCCGGAGUCAGUACCUGAGGUUCAGUCAGUGGAUGGUUUCCUGCAGAAGUUGGGUCUUGAAAAUUAUUCAACGAUGUUCGAAUAUGAGGACAUGGAUAUGGCCACUUUUGGACGCCUAACUGUUGAUGAUUUCGAGGAUUUAGGAUUACCAGAGGGUCCAAGAAAGACGAUACUUUUGGCAUUGGAGACUGAAAACAGCUCUCUUUCAUUGUCAAAUACCAAAAUUGCCCCAAUAAACAAUGAGGUGGAUUGAUUUUUGUCUUGGAGGGUUGAAGUUUUGGUGAAAAUUCCUGCAUCACAUCUAGAAGCAGACGUUUUGGCAUGAUGGAUUGUUGGUUGCAUUUUUUUGUAUUUUAGUUUUCCACCUUGUUGAAAACUGGGUAUAUACGGUGGACCUAAUUAAAUGAAUGGUUUAUAGCUAGAUUGAGAGAAUGAAACAACCUUGAAUUUAAGUUUUCAUACUUGCUAGCUUAUGAAAGUGGGAAUGAAUUUGGAUAAUGUUUUAAAUUCCUUGCAUGUGUACGGGGAUUUGAAGUGUUUAAUUCAGAUUGAUAUAUGAUAUAUAAUGUUAUGACA